AUGCCUAUCUUUGCUAAGAGAGAUUCGAGCGAGGAUGGCGAGGAUGGCAGGCACACGAAUGGUGCCAAUGGUGCCAAUGGCGUCGAGCGCGAGGACGGAGAGCACUCAGCGCCAGAUGAGCACACGCGACUCCUCCCCAACCGCGUCAACUCUGGCCAAGGCCUGCUUGCCCCCGACGAUCCAGCAGUGACCCCAUACAACCUAUGGAGCAUCCGAGUCUUGCGAUAUCUCUCAAUCCUCUUCACCCUGAUCACCCUGGUGUGGUGGAUCUUGCUGCUCGUGUCUACUUUUGCGACGCCGCCUGGCAUACAGACUCGAGGCAGCGUGUGGUUUGCCUUUGGAUACACCACCUGGACCCUUGCCAACUUGAUCUUCACCCUCCUCUUCUUCGAGGUGCCAUCCAAAUCUGUUAGGAUACUGGCUAUCUUCAUGUCGGCCAUCUUGUUUCUCGACAUGGUUCUUAUCCUGUCCGUACAAAAGACCCGAUACGAAGAGAGGUGGGUCGGUGUCGUCAGCGUCAUCUGGGCUCUUCUCACGAGCCUUUGGACACUUUUGACAGACCGCAUGGUGGAAUGGGGCAAGGCAGAAGAGGAGGAGCGAUUGACCGGCCGGGCCGAGACACGACGAACCCUCUUCGAAUGGUCCGGGGUGAUGGUCUCAACCAUUGCCUAUGCCAUCAUGUCGGUGGCGGUCUUCCUCAUCACUCUCACUAUUAUUCUCCGGGCACUCGACGCGGGCGUGGCGCCUCCAGGAAAGCUGUACUGGGUUGACAAUAACAAGUAUCGCAUCCAUGUGUACUGUCACGGGAACAAGACCGACACCAAGGGCAAUGACCUGCCCACGGUCCUGUUUGAGGGCGGCGAGCGACCCGUCGAGUAUGAGUUCUGGGACUUUGCCGAGAACGCCCUCAAGAACGGGUCCAUUUCUCGAUACUGCUUCACAGAUCGUCCUGGCUACGGCUGGUCAGACAGCGCACCCUCGCCGUCGUCGGCAGGUUUCAUAGUCGAUACCCUCAGCGAGGCUUUGAUCGGCGCAGGAGAGAGAGGCCCAUGGGUUCUGGCCAGUGCGGGUAUUGGAUCGAUUUAUUCCCGAGUAUUCUCGUCGCGCAACGGAGACCACGUCAAGGGUCUACUUCUCAUAGAUCCGCUCCACGAGGACCUUCUCGGUGAAGUGGGAUCGCCUGGCUGGGGAUUCUUGCUCUGGCUUCGGGGUGUCAUCUCGCCGCUUGGUCUCGACCGACUGUCAGGUGCCAUUUUCCGAGGACGAACGAGCCGAGACCGAGUAUAUGGGCGAUCCGCCCAGCAGGGAGGCAAGCUGAUCUUUGCAAAGCUGCAGGAGAGCCUCGUGGCGGGUUCAUUCACACGACGUGAUGCCCGGACCAGCCGCCAGAUCCAAGACAAGGACACGCCGCUGGUGGUGAUUAGCUCUGGAGUGCAUAUCAAGCGAAGUCACACGUGGGAGAAGAAGCAGCGAGACCUGACCAAGCUGACGGACAAGUUGAAGAACUGGGACAUUGUCGAUGGAGCGCCCCACGAAGUUUGGCGGACUCUUGAUGGCCGGGACAAGAUUGAGAAGCGGCUGAAGGAGCUGGUGCAUGGUUGA